AUGGCAGCGGUAGCUGCGUCAGGGGCUCGAGAAGCUUUGAGCUAUCCUGACUCUCCCCUUUGUGAAAACCCUCCUCCAAGGAAAAAAUCGACUUCGCCUUCAGGAAGCUCGACAGGCCGAAGUCCCCGAUGUGAAGCGUUUGUGAUGACGGGAGAUAAGAUAUUGAGCUUAGAUCAUCAUGUUUCUCCAAGCUAUGCCAAGGCUGUUCGUGAUCAGCUUCCUCCUGGCACUCAAAUCAAAGAAGUUAUGCCACGCACACCUUUAUCAGCUUCCGAGUUCCCAUCAGUUCGGCGCUCAAUGCGUAGUAAACUUCCUGUAUCAGUAAGUCAAUCGGAAGUAAUACAAACAAGGCGACAGGUGUCUUGUCCUCAGACGACCGCAGAUUGUGACAUUGUCACUGAGAAUACAGAGAACAUAGAAGAACAAGAUAAACCACAGAGCACUUUGUUGGGGGCUGUUCCAAGCACUGACGAAGCAACUCCUUCAAAAGAAACUGAUAUACAUGUUGUGCCCAGCGUAUUACCCGAAAUGGAAUCUUCGAUGCACUCCUCAUACUACAAAUCUGCUUUUUCGAAUCCUCAGCUAUCCAGCAAUCAACGAACUGCUAGCUCUGAGACAUUCAUCAUCUCAGCGGCGGAUUCUCCAACUAAAUAUUCCACUGUUACGGUUCACGCUACCACAUGUGCUCCAUCUGUUUCCACUGCAAAUAGUCCAAGUCUUCGGCGAAUUUUGGGAACUCGUAAACAUGACGAAAACAGUAUCGAUCAUUUUGGAUCCUUCAGAUCUGAUAUGACUGGUGAUGUUUCUUCAAUUCGGGAAGAAAAAGAAGCAGCUCAAAUAGCAUCUCGAUUAUUCCGCCUAGACGGAUUCACUAAAGCAGAUGUAUCUGCUCGUCUUAACGACUCAUCAGAAACAUCAACUCUCAUAUCUUCUAAGUACUUGGAGUUGUUCUCCUUUUCUGGCUUGAGAAUAGAUGCUGCUCUACGUGAUUUUCUCGCGAGAGUUGAGCUCAAAGGGGAAACAUCUCAGAGAGAGCGAAUGCUUAGGUUUUUUUCGGAAAGAUACUAUCAAGCUAAUCCUAGUAUUUUCAACAACUUAGACGAGGUGCACACUUUGACAUGUGCGUUGUUACUGCUCAAUUCUGAUUUACACGGUCCAAACUUGGGCAAAAAAAUGAUUGUUAGAGAUUUUAUCAAUAAUAUAAGCAACACUGGUGUCGAUAUCAAAAGAGAUUUGCUCAAAACAUUGUAUAAUAGUAUCAAAGAGAAGGCCAUAGCCAGCCAAAGUGAAACCCCUGCUUUAAGUAAAGCGAGCAAACGACCAUUCAGCUCUGGACAGAUGCUUCAUGAAGUUGAUCCGGAAUCUCAAGUUGAGUAUAAGAGUGGUUGGAUUAUGAGAAAAUCACUUUAUGAUAGUGAUGGAGCGAAAACACCUUUCGGUAGAAGGGGUUGGAGGAUUUGGUUUGCCCGCUUACGUGGAAUGGUUCUUUACUUGGAAAGAGAUGAAGGAGAGAGAAAGCAGAGCAGAUAUGAAAUAUUCUCCAAUGCUAUUCUUCUUCACCAUUCUUUUGCUGAACCUGCAUUUGACUAUACCAAGAGACAGUUCAUUUUCCGCCUGAGAACCGCGAAUUUAGGGGAAUAUUUGUUCCAAACCAGCAGCGCAGCUGAUGUGAGGGAUUGGGUUAAUCAAAUUAACUUCGUUUGCGCUGCUUUUUCUUCCCGUACAUUACCACCUCCUGCCGGUUCGCAAGUUACAUUUGUUCGAGCCCGACAUCCAAAAGCCUCUAGCCAAGCGCCAUUGGCAGAACAGCUGAAGGCACACGAAUCUGCUGCUGCAGAGCUGAGGCAACAACUCGCUGUUGUACAAGAAGGAGCACCUCCUUUAAAGGCUAAGGGUAGAGCAGUUGAGGAGUUUUUCUUCCAAGAACGCUAUCUCACGCAAGAAAUUGCUCGGUAUGAUGAAUAUUGUGUUUUGUUGAGGAACCGGGUGAAAUUCUGUGGUGGUUCCUCAGACUCCACUUCUGGAGUUCACAGUAAAUCUGACAUGGCUGAUGAUUUAGCUGAAAGAAUAAGUUAUCGAGAAGCAACCCACAACUGA